GCAGCCUUCGAGAGGAGCAUCUUCAGCAAGACCCACCGGGGUGGUGAUGAGGUCGCCUGUCUGGAUGGACUCACCGUGGUCUACAGGAGCAGCGUCGACCUCUUCUUCUAUGUGGUGGGGGGCUGCCAGGAGAACGAGCUGAUGCUGUCGGCCGUGCUCACCUGUCUCCUCGACACCCUCAGCCACCUCCUGCGGAAGGAGGUGGAGAAGCGCUGGCUGCUGGAAAACAUGGAGGGGACAUUCCUGGUGGUGGAUGAGAUCGUGGACAGGGGGGUGAUCCUGGAGAGCGACUCCCAGCAAGUGAUCCAGCGGCUGAGCCUGCGGGCCCCAGAGCCAGCACCAUACGGCUUCGUCCUCUUCGAUUACCUGGCAGGCAGCUCGGAGCGGAGGGACACGGGGGACACCAGCGGCUGCAAAUAG